AUGGUCACAAUUGCCCUUGAUAACAUCGUCAAAGAAAAGGCCAUCCACCCGAGGCAGGUCCGGCUGAUGUCAGAGACUGAAGCUGAAGAGCUCGCUGCAGCCGUACCACAGGAAGUGACUGAACAGCUGGAGAACCUGAAAGGACACCUUUUAGAUCCAUCCCCUUCAGUGACAUACUCCGGUCUCGUGUAUGUUGAGCUGCUUUUAGCGCAGGAUUUAGAACUGCACCAAUCGCUUCACAAGAACGAGUUUUUCCCCCUUUUCGCUGUAGGUGGUGCGACAGCCGUCCGUGGCCCAGCGGCUCCCGAUUCGGCCACGGACAAAGGCCAUGCGCCGCACUGCUGCAAGGUCACCGCGCUGCUUGCGGCCGCCACAUUACCGCUGCUCGCUGUCGUCGGUGCUGCCGGGCUGCUCAGCUACAUCUCCUGGCUGGUGAACAGUGAUGCCCAGAUGGCUGACGUGCUGUGCGAGAGUCCAGGCUGCCAGCGGCUGGCGCGCUUCCUGCAGGUCUCCAUCAACCGGUCGGCCGACGCGUGCAAUGACUUUUACGGCUACGUGUGCAGCAACCAGAUGUACGCGAACACCUUCAAGAUGAUGAGGCAGCAGCACAUGGUGAACCUGACGUGGAUGCUGCGGGCUGCGCCUGUGCCCCGCCGCAACCAGACGGCUCUCCAGAAGGUUACGGCGCUCUUCUGCGCAUGCGUGUCGCUCGUCACCGAAAACCGGUCCGAAAGUGCCGACCUGUGGGCCUUCCUCGUCCAACACGGGCUACAGCCAGCGCCCGUGAACGGCAAGAUGGCGAACUCCAGCCAAGCGGACCCUCUGGAGACCACGAUCCGCUUGGCGGCCACGUACGGACUGCAGCCCGUUGUGUCCUUCAGCUCACACGGAACCAGCGGUCGUGGCCGCUACCAUCACAGGUAA